AUGCCUGAAAAUAUUAACACUUUCGUCAAAUAUAAAGCAACCAGUGUCAGUCAACACCUGUAUCAGUUAUCUCCUGUCAACAAUCCUGGCUACUAUUCCCUGACCAGAGCUAAAGUCACUAUAUUAAGUGAGAAUCCCAUACUUCCCACAAACAUGUAUACAAUAUUUAGUAAAUCCUCAGCUAUUGAGCAUGGAUGCCUCGAACCAAUGGAAAAUGUCCUGCAAGACAAUAUGAAAGGUUGUCUCCUUGAUGGACCAACUUUGUCACGGUUGGUGAAACAUCUAGCAAAGAACGGGACUGGGUUUAUUGUUUAUCCUGAGUUGUCUGAUGUCUUAAACGAACUUUUCAAAUCAGACGAGGAAAUGUGUUCUGGAGACAACAUGCUUCUUUGCAAGCUUUUCUGGGGUGAACGAAUGUCCUUCCACUACGCCACAGAAGAGACCAGUGAUAUCGACACAAAAACCCCUUUCUCCAGAAUAGAUAAAUGA